AACAAACCAGCACCUUCUGUCGCGGUUGCUAUGCAACGCACCUGACUUCGCAUUCGUGUGUUGGUGCGUAUCGACAGACCUUGCAAACUCGCGCGCGGAUCACGUGAUAAACAUACUGUCUGCUUCGUAUCAGUUUCUCUUCUGCUGGUGGCAUUUACAACAUGGUCUUUUCGCAGAUCUACGGUGUUAUUUAGCUGCAUGGGUCCCUCUCUCUGUGUAUAGCUAGCCGUGUGAAUGGAUUGUACAGAUGAUUGAUAACACUCUUAACCGAACACACAGGCCGAGAAUGCGAAACUAACACCGGAUAGGACUUCAUGGUAUAGGAAAAUAUCGUGCGUUGAACCAACAUCAUCACUUCAAGCAGACGAAAAUCAGAUUCUCGAUUUGUUUGCACGCGGAAGAGAUCUCGCCCGCGGAAACAGUUGUGUAUGUAACUAGCGCAUGCACGGUACUUGAGGAACAAGAUAGAACGCAACAAGGACUGGUUCGCGUGUCUUCCGGCUUGACUGCUUCACAAACGUUGAACAAAUGGCACUCUUGACAGCUGGUUGACAUUAACAACUCGUCUAGUGGACCGCAUAUCCCCGCAUACUUAUCGAAGAAGGCAGACGACAUACAACUCGUCGAUGAAUCGACCUUUCCAGGAGUGACUUCCCGGUACAAUCAAUCAUGUCGAAGAAGGACAGCAAGUUCUACGUGUGCCUGCACGAGACCUGCCACUUCCGGACCGACAAACGGAAGGCGAUCUACACGCACCUCAUCCGCACCCACAGCGAGCGGAAGGAGGACUAUGAGUGUGAAUACUGCAGCGCCACAUAUGAACGCGAAGACCUCAUGGAGGAGCAUCUGCAUCGAAAGCAUCCGCGCGAGCCGUUUACUUACACGUGCGUCUCGCGCAUCGAGAACGUGAUCAACACGUGCGCGGAGUUGGGUUCACGACCGAACACUGCGGUGCAAAUCACUUCGUCAUCGGCGGUGGCAGCGGCGGCGGAUAAGGAGAAUCACGUGAAGCACGAUGCGGCGAGGUCGGAUAUGUAUUUUAGACCGGUUGUUACGAGGAACAGUUCACACGUACGCACAAAGGCAUCUGUGAACGAGUCACUCACGGAAAUCGCAAAGUUUGUGAAGGCGGAAAAGAGUGAGUCACUAACUGGGGACUCUGAAGAUGAAAGCAUGAGCGAAGGGGAGGACAGUGGUCAUGAUAUGGACACAGGUGGCGCCAUGAGUGGUGACGGAACGGACGAAGACGGCGUGGAACUCGAUAGUGAAUCGGAGUCACAGACGUAUACAUCAGAACCAUCAGGACUCAAAAUUAAGUUUAGUCUUAAGAAAAACAGUAACUCCACGAUGGGAACAUCGCGUAAACGAGAUGUGUCCGAAUCGCCCCCGAUCCUGCUGCCGCAUAUGGUAGCCUCGCCUGUGGUGACAUCCGGUCAAAUGACAUCCCCACCGGAUAUAGUUGGUAAUGGUCAAUCUGUUAUCGCUAAUGCGCAGGUGAGGGACAAAGCGUCGAAAUAUUACGAUAAGCUUGAGGUAUAUCAUAUCACGGACUCUAAAGGGCGCCGAUGUUGUCCAUUCUGCGAUUACAAGACCACUAAAAACACAAUACGCGUACAUCUUUCAGGAAUUCAUAAAAUUUAUUUCGUGAAAUGCUCCCUCUGUGACUACAGGGCGGCGUUCCCACACCAGAUUAUUCAGCAUGGGAUCAAGUUCCAUAAGACGACAAAUCUCAAUGUGAUUCAACUCUCAAAAGAAUCCAGGGAACGAGUGAUAGCGAAAUUGAAACAAACACUCCCUAUCGAUUCGCAGGCUUGCCACGCGGAUGAUGUUUCAGCAGGCGACAUCGACAUGGAUGCUACGAUCGAUGACGAAGAUUUUAAUUCGGAAGAGAGUCAAACCAAUUCCUCUAAUUCCGACGAGGAAGAGAAUGAAAACGAGGCUGUUAUCUCCGCAGCAGACGACAGGGUUUUCAAAGCGCCGGUUUGCCAGACGUCAAAGACGGAUUAUUAUAGCAUUCAUUACGAAAAUGGUGUGUACUUGUACAGCUGUAACCUAUGCCCGUUUCAGACGCCGGUACGAGCUACGAUCUACACGCACAAGUACAGACACGAGGAGAAAUCAUAUAUGUGCGGCUACUGCGAUUUUACUUCGGCUCCGAGAUCAAACGUUGUGCAUCAUAUCCGCGGGAAACAUAAAGGCAAGGCGAUCCUCGUGCGAGACGCAGACGAUCAGAUCGGCACACGCGCGAAUGAAAACCCAGUGCACGAGAACCCGGAUGGAACAUAUGCUGAUGACAGUCCGGACCAGACGAAAACAGUUGAAGAGAUGCCACCAGCAGAUAACGAAAUCACGGACGAUGAUGAUAAACCAGUGCAGCCGAUCAUCAAAGUCCCGCAAUUCAAACGAUCCAUACUGCUGAAUGAACUAACCUCCGAAAGCGAGCCAAAGAAGAUCAAACUAGAGGAAAGCGAAAGUCCGGUAUCGUAUAAACUGUCGCUGAAUAAGUUGUACCGGAUCAACCCCAGUGGCUCUCCGAAGUUUCUGUGCGUUAUGUGCAGUUAUGCGUGCGACACACACCCGAAAAUGAAGCAUCAUCUCUAUCGACAUCGGCCCCAAAAGUACAAGUGCCCAUAUUGCGACCACCGAAAAUAUCCUAGGUCAUAUGUCGUUCGCCACGUGCGGGACACACACCGGAACAAGCCAGUGCGCGUGAUUGACCUCUCCAAGGGCAACGAACCGGAAGACGUCCCCGAGUAUGCGCAAGAGAAUGCGGAAUUAGAUGAGGAAGAAGAACGCUUGGCUGAGCUUGUUUCAAAAGAGUCCGACGCAUCAUCACCGAUUAUUGAGAAAACAAGCGUCAACAAUUUUGUAGACACCUCAGACGAACCAAAUGAGGAAGUGGAUGCUUUAAAGAAGUUUGCGCAGAAACUCAAUUUGAAAUCAGUCCUUACCUCUAAUCUAGGCGACGACCUAUUUCCGGCGUCCGCCGACGAUAGUGCAAAUUUUGACGAGACGGAUUUUACCUCGACACCGCUAAUCGAAUCGAUGAUCAACGGGAAAUUUAAGACGGGCAUACAGUCAUUCGCCAAAACGACCAACACCUUCGAAAAAAAGAAGAGCACACGGGAUUACCGCGUGAGCUGCAAAGGCGGUCCGCGGUAUGUCUGUAACAAAUGUGGCUACGGUACGGAGAACUACAAGACGAUACACAAUCACAUGUACCGUCACGAAUCUCAACGGUACCAGUGUCCUUACUGCGGCUACAGGCGGUCACCAAGAUCGUUCGUGGAAACCCACAUCCGGGAGGUGCAUAAAGGUCAACCAGUCAUCAUAACGGAACUGGAUGCAUUAGACGAAAUUGACCCACCGGAUAAUUCAGCUGAAGUACCGAACCCCAACAGUGAUGCGCUGACAAUGACACCUUUAUUGUCGGGUUUCCCUGCACAUAAAUCUGAAAUUAACCGGAACUUGACCUCACCCACACAGGUGAAAAUUGAACCAGUCAGUGCGAUGCAUUCUGAGAAGGCCGCAGAGUUACAGCAGACGACAGUUUCCAUCAGUAACUCGACGUUGCAGACGACUAUUGCAUCACCCGGACAAUCAUCUGAAAAUAAUCAAAUGAAAUUCAAAAAAGAAACUCGCACUACUUUUAAGACGAUGUACAAAUGCACGUUUGAUCCAGAAACUUGUAAUCAUAUUUCAAAAGACAAAUCAAAGAUGAAACAACAUCUAUUUAUGCACGUAGAAUACAAACCCUGGUCAUGUGAUUUCUGUGAAAUGACGGCUAGCCAAUCGUCGCACAUUAAGAACCACGUAAGAUCCGAACACCCCGCCGUUUCGGAAACCUCGUUCAAAUACAAAAAACACAACUAUCUUGAAAAACAUAUUGAAAGUUUCUUGACCAAAGGUCUUUUCACAGUUCCAGUGAACGAGUACCGCGUCAUAAUGGACAUGAAGGGAAACACGAAAUCCUCAAAGAACCAGACGAUAUUUUCUCGUGACGCAAGCGGCAACCUCGAAUGUCCUUACUGCUCGUAUAAAACCAAAACCGGCAACAUGACGGAUCACGUCAAAAUGAAGCACAUGCAGCCACGUUUCAAAUGUCACUGGUGCGACUACAGUGCUUUCUACAGGUCGGAGGUCCGGAAGCACCACCGGAAGGAGAAGAGUCACCGUGGUCGAGAGUUCAAAAUUCAGGAACUGGAUCUCGUACAGGUGGUGGAGGGAUUCAAGGAGAAGAAUGGACUUGGUAUAGAUGCGUCUGUACAUGCAACAAUCCAAAAUAUGUUGGGCGAAGAAGAAGAUGAUGACGACGACGACGAGGAUGACGCGGAGAAAGACGAGGCUGAUGAUGAUGACUCUGCUUCCGAAUCGCUCAGUGACAGCUCCUCUUUCGGUGACUCUUCUCAGGGCUACAUGGAGUACACCACGGAGCAACUGUCCGAGCUGUGUACGGCAAAGCAGCGACCAAUCGGCGGAUCCAACAAUGGCGGGACAACAGCGGUAGCGAAACAAUCGAACACUACUACCGGUAAUGGUACUUCGAAGUCAGAGCACACGGUCGAUGGUCGCAAAAGAGUUGUAAUGACAAAAAAAUGCGCAAACACACCUACCUCAUCUAAGUUCAAAUGCGGCUAUUGCUCUUUUUCCGCCGCCCUGAGAGUAAAAGUUAAAAUGCAUUGUUCAAAGAAACACUCUGACCGGAAACUUAACGUCAUCGACCCGCCUUCAAAAAACGAUGUUUGUCUUGCUAAUAAUAAUAAGUCAAAUCUCCGAGUUGGUAGUAACAUCGUUAAUAUAUCAUCCGACGAUAUAAAGGGCACAAAGUUUGAGCAGGAUUUGCGGAAUGCUGGUGUUUCGAAAUUGAAUCUUGCAUCGCUGUUUCCCAACAGUAAAAGGUUCAGAAUGUCUCAAAAUAAUAAAGAUAGACGCAUGAAUAUGGAAAAAGCUGUCGAACCGGUUCAAAAUAUCAAAGAACCGUUUAAUUCAUUCAAGAAACCGUUGAAUCCGACAUUAACACCGCUUUCCAGUGUUGCUAAUAAUACUAAUAUAUCGGUGAAAAUCGAACACAAUGAUGAAACGACACCCGUGAACAAUUUGAAUGAAACCGUCGUCAAAUUAGUUAAUGGAACAAAAACAGACACCACGACGCGAAAUACUAUCUUAAAAUAUCCGAACUGCUUCCCUGUUAUUGUCGAUGAUGCAAAAGAAACCAAUGAUGUUGAUUUCGUUGAAGACACAUCUGAAGUAAAAGAAGACGAACACAAUGAUAAAAGCUCUCCAAUGGUGCAAAACGAGGUCACAUAUGACGAUAUGAUGAAACGCUCCUUGAGUGAAGAUAUAGAUCAAAACGCGUAACUGGUAUCUGAACCAGUUCAAAUGACCAAUAAAAAUAGAAAGUGAACUAGAUUAUGAGAUUGAAGGCUCGAAUGUCGUUAUUACAUAGGGCUUAUGCUUAAGAAAGGGAAUCUUGAUUACGAUAUUGGUGGGGUUCAUUCAUUAUGAUAUAAGAAGGGUUUAGUCAAUGCCAGAAUUAAGACUCCUCAGAUUGGUUUCUAUCCCGUGAAAAUUUACGCUUAAUUUUUGGUUUCUAGUACUUGAAAAUGGACCUUGAAUUUUGACAUUUGAAGGCCCAAUUUUAUUGCGUUUUCCGUCCCGAUACGUUUGCAAAUUAGCAGACAAUAUGAAAAUAUAUUCUAUAUCGUAUUCUUAUCGUACUGAUGAGUACCGGUAACUUCGAUCUAGCAAUGCAAUAUCUUUAAUCUUAACAGCUUUGCGGAUAUCUUGUUAUCUGUGUAUGAUAUUGAUUUCUCUAAAUUGUCAGUUGGUUUACACAUUUUAUGCAGUAUUGAUUUUGUUAUCUUAUUUUAUUAAAAAUUUAAAGAGAUUCAUAGGUUCUAUGUUCCAUCAAACUGGUUGUUACAGCUGGUCAAUAUAUUUAAGACCAUGGUUUAUAAGCCUUUUCUAGUAUAUAUAUUCAUUGUAUAGGUAAAAUUUAUUUGAAUUAGCGAUUUAAUAUUUUGAAGGGAGACAAGCCUGUAUCGAAUAAAUACUUAAUCAAGACCACCAGCGUCCCUUUUACGUGCGAAUUGGACGCAAUUCAAUUUUCAUAAAAGAAUAUACAUCCUUAUUGACUUCUCAUUGACUCGCACACUCGUUACCGUUUCGAUGAUUAAGGUGAAAUUUACACUCCUUAAAUAGUGAAAACAAUACACUUCCUUUGUCAAAAUAAAUAUCUCGAUAGUCUGAAAACAAGUAUGAAUUAUUGGUAACAAAUAAGUUCAAAUGAGAGUGGAUAGCACAGAGUAUUCUCUUACAAGUAACAAUGUCUACAUUGAACAACUUGCUCGUGUGGUAAUGAAUCUGAAUGAAUAUUGUAUAAAAUUCUUCUAUAACUAAAUACAAUCCAAACCUUCUUUUGUCAGUGUGUGCCCGUGUUAUGUUUGUUCCUAGGUUACUUAUGGACCAUUCUAACACGAUAAACAAUAUUGAAUAAUAAAACUUGAAGUAUCGCCAUCACAGGUAUUCAACUCAAAAUGACCCGAAAUCAAGGUGCAUCGCUUUGAACAGCCAUUACUUCACCAAUUGUGCAGCGAUUUCUACGAACUCUGUCUUACUAAACGCUGAAAUAAAUUUCUGGAAAUGUA